GGGAUCGAAGCGCUAGUGCUGAGCUCCAACAACCUCUACCUCCUUCCGUGGAGCGACAAGACCGUCGGCGUGGUGGACCCGGGCCGGGACCUCAACAGUCACGACGUCGUACCACGCGACAUCGACCAGGGGCGGCAGCUGGGGGCUGGUCGGCAACAACGCCCGGUCCACCCACCGGGAGCUGGAGGUGUUCGGCGUCGUCACCUCCGGGAAGAAGCUGGAGGACCUCUCCACCGACCUCAUCAACCACCAGUGCGUCUCCAACCGCGAGGGCUUCAUGAUCAUGUACUUCAACAUCGGCGCCGGCGACAUGUACCUCAAGAACCCGUCCAGCGUCAUCCGCCGCCUCAACGACCUCUUCGACUGGUCCAAGUACGGCGUCACCGUCCCCGUCCCCGUCGCCACCGCGUGGGACCGCUUCGAGGUCAACACCGGCAAGCUCAUGGUGGACAAAAACCUGGGAGACGGGAAGAAGGUACGUACGUAUUAAUGUUUGUUAUAAAUCAAACCGAUUUAUGA